CCCGCCCGCCGCCCGCCCGCCGCCCGCGGCCCCUCGCGGCUCGGCGGGCCUCCCCUUUGUCCGCCCCGGGCCGCCCGGCGCCGAGCUCCCGGUCCCCGGGCCGGCCGCCCGCGGCGCUCGGUGCCGGCAGGGCGCGCAGGGGGCGGGGGCCGCGGCUCGCCCCCCGCCGAUGAGCCGCCGCGGAGCGCGGGCGGACGAUGGAACUCCACAUCCUGGAGCACCGGCUGCAAGUUGCCAGCGUCGCCAAGGAGAGCAUCCCGCUCUUCACCUACGGCCUGAUCAAACUUGCCUUCCUGUCCUCCAAGACCAGGUGCAAGUUCUUCAGUCUGACCGAGACGCCCGAGGAUUACACCAUCAUUGUUGACGAGGAGGGCUUCUUAGAGCUGCCCUCCUCGGAGCACCUGAGCGUGGCAGGCGCCACCUGGCUGGCCCUGAACGUGGUGUCGGGCGGGGGUGGCUUCUCCGGCUCCCAGCCCAUCGGCGUGACCAAGAUUGCCAAGUCAGUCAUCGCCCCGCUGGCCGACCAGAACAUCUCCGUGUUCAUGCUGUCUACCUACCAGACAGACUUCAUCCUGGUGCGUGAACGGGACCUGCCCUUCGUCACGCACACCUUGUCGUCAGAGUUCACCAUCCUGCGGGUCGUCAAUGGCGAGACGGUAGCAGCCGAGAACCUCGGCAUCACCAAUGGCUUUGUGAAACCCAAGAUGGUCCAGAGGCCUGUCAUCCACCCUCUGUCCAGCCCAAGCAACAGGUUCUGUGUCACCAGCCUGGACCCUGACACGCUGCCUGCGGUCGCCACACUCCUCAUGGACGUCAUGUUCUACUCCAACGGAGUGAAGGACCCCAUGGCCGCCGGUGAGGACUGCGGCCACAUCCGCUUCUUCUCCUUCUCCCUCAUUGAGGGCUACAUCUCCCUGGUGAUGGACGUGCAGACCCAGCAGAGGUUCCCUAGUAAUUUGUUGUUCACGAGUGCGUCCGGAGAGCUCUGGAAGAUGGUGCGGAUCGGAGGACAGCCCCUGGGAUUUGAUGAGUGUGGCAUCGUGGCCCAGAUCUCCGAGCCCCUGGCUGCCGCAGACAUCCCCGCCUACUACAUCAGUACUUUCAAGUUCGACCACGCACUGGUACCAGAAGAAAACAUCAACGCUGUCAUCGGCGCCCUGAAAGUCAGCCAAGCAGAGAAGCAUUAGGAGGGCCUCUUCCACUCCUCCCUGUCUGCCCCCCCAAGCCUGGGCCAGGCCCCUCCCCCGAAGAUUCUUCUCACAGUAUUUCUCACGGACUGGAAAAUCGGCCCCGGGGGCCCCCAAGACAGGGCCUCAGGGAGACACCCCCUGAUUGCUCACCUUGCCAGGCCUGGGGCUCAAGCCAAGGCCUCCCCAUGCCCUCCUGCCUUCCUGGAGCCCCCAGACCCUCCAGAGAACCCUCCCUCCCCCCAGCCGCUCCUCCUCCCCACCACCCCUACUCCAGAAAAUGAUGUCUGAGGCCCAGGGAGUUUGCGAGCCGACCGGCCUUCCCCUCUGGCCUGGCCCACGGCGGGGGGGGGGGGGGGGGGGGCAGAUGCCGAAGGAAGCAGGCCCCUCCUACGAGACAAUGGGGUUCUGACUCUCACGUCAUCCUGGGGAGCCGGCCGAGCGGAGCUGAGUUCACGGAGACCGGGGAGACCCCCGUGAGGACCUGAGGCUGGAUGUUGUGGCCGCUGGUCUCCCGUUCCGUCAGCUCCGGGCUGGUUCCCGCAGAGUGGAGGCCAGUGGGCGGCCCUCGGGUCACGCGCUGGGGAGGCUCCGACAAGCAGGGGUGGGGCCCUGAUCUGGGGAGGACCCAGGCCACCCAGAAUUUCACCUGCCAUCCACAGGGCCCGCGCCCCGACUCCCAGCAAGACUGCCAAGGGGCCCUGUCCACACCCUCCCCGCCAUAAGCACUCACUCCUGGGGGCGGUUCCCAGGAGACCCACCAGCCUGGGGCACGAGCUCCUGUCCCCGCUGCUUUCCCUGGACCCUCCUUGGGCAGGCGGAGCCUUGGUUUCCCCGAAGCGGGGGGCAUCCCCAGCAUUUUGGACCUGGGGUUUCUUGGGUCACCCCCACUCCCCAGCAGUUGACUAGACCAGCACAGGGCUCCCCGUUAUCCUGCCCCCUCCCCUGCCCCACUUUUGGGGGGAUGUGGAAGGCCUCUGCCCCCAACUCACCUGCCUGCCCGCCCCUCAGCUGGGGCCUGUGGCAUUCAUGAGUACUUGACCUGGGGGGGCAGCUUAUCUGAGCCUUAAUAGAGAAAACCAUACCGUA